UCCCGCUCGGCGGCAACCUUCAUUAAGAAAAUCCACUUAUUAGACUUACAUUCUCUUGUAGCCCCGAAGGUACUACCUGUGUAAUUCGUGUAAACGCAAAAGUGCGCCUUCCCGGGUGGGAUACGACUGGAUAAGACUGGAAAUGACCAAGCCAUCGCAGCUGCGGCCACUACGUAACCUUUGGCCAAGAAGAUGCCAUCGAUUUCCUCAAAUGGCAGGGAUAAUUCGUCGCUUAUGCCUUUAGAUCCUCGAGACCCCCAAGAUGUCCACAAUGACCAAUCUGAAAUCCUCCCAUUGCGACCCAUCAACACCAACACAAGCAGGAGCUCCGCCCAACCCUGCCUAUCCGCAGGCGCGGAUCCAGUCCAAGUCUCAGACCCCACGCAACCCACGCCGCUAACUUUCCGAGAUACAAAUACUGCCGCCUCCUCGUCGCCCGAAUCCAGAUUCCCUAUUAGUACUCCUCGCUCUCCGUCGAGCUCGAGCCAUGACUUCCAAUACACCGAACUCGACUACGAGGAGGCGAAUCAUAAUCCUGCCGUCGGAAGCCGACGAGGUUCGAGGAUCAUGUCGAAAGCCCCCCUCUUGAUUCGCUCCUCGCCCGGGUUCGGAAACGGCUCGUACGGAGCCGCACCUGUACAUCCCGAGACCAGCGGCUCAGAUACUGAGGGUGAUACUGAGGGUGAUAGCCUAGUAUCGCCGAAUAGAAGAACCAGCGCGGAAAUAUACCACUCCAGGCGACAUAACUCUGCCGACGCCGGUCGUUCGACAACCUUCCGAACAAGCACGUCCUCCUUAAGUCGAAGACGAAAGAGUCAAUCCGAGCAGAUCGGAGGGUCGACAGUAGCCGAUGGUCCCGAGGGUCGCUCUAGCAUUGGUGAAAGGCCUUUGACAAACGACCUCGCCCCCGAUGUGAAGUCGGAUAGCUCGGCCGCCGACGAUGACGAAGAGGGUUCCGAAGAUGCGAACGAUGGAUCCGAUCCAGACCCUCCCGAUAAUUCUCCAUAUCCUCAGGUCCGUGCUUCGGUCUCCCCAACCGAUAAUACCUCUCUAUCCAUAAAUACUCCUCGCAUGUGGAUAUUAUCUACCCUAUUCUCUAUAAUUGGCUCUUCCACAAAUCUCUUCUUCUCCUUGAGAUACCCUAGCGUUUCGAUUACACCUGUCAUAGCAUUAUUGCUUGUUCAUCCCCUUGGUCUCUUAUGGGACUUCUUUCUAAAGCGGCCGGACGAUCCCCGGGAGGAAUUCGAAGAAGGCGUCCGAAUAGAUCGGCCAGACGGACAUGCGCCGGCCACUACUAAAGAGAGGAGUCGGCUUGGGCGCCUCCGCCUGUGGCUAGCUCAAGGCUCUUGGAAUGAAAAAGAGCACAGCUGUGUAUACGUGAGCAGUAACGUGUCUUUUGGCUUUGCGUUUGCGACAGACGUUAUCGUCGAACAAACCCAAUUUUAUAAACAAGAUGUUAGCAUUACCUACCAACUACUACUAACCCUCUCCACCCAAAUCUUGGGUUAUACCUUCGCCGGCUUGACAAGGCGCUUCUUAGUACGCCCGGCCGGAAUGAUCUGGCCUGGCACUUUAAUGUCUGCCGCUAUGUUUACCACCUUGCAUAAAGAGGAGAACAAGCCCGCAAAUGGGUGGACGAUAAGCAGGUGGAGGUUCUUCUUCAUCGUCUGGAUAUCCGGAUUUUGCUUCUACUUCCUUCCCGGCUUAUUGAUGCCAGCGUUAAGUUAUUUCAACGUGAUCACUUGGUUUGCCCCGGAUAAUCCUGUAGUCGCGAAUCUUUUUGGUGUGGCCUCCGGCUUGGGCCUGUUUCCACUCACGUUUGACUGGGCGCAGAUUGCGUAUAUCGGAUCGCCUCUCUUAACACCAUUUUGGGCCGCCAUGAAUGUCAUCGGGGGCUUAGUGAUAGUGAUGUGGAUUAUUGCGCCGAUUGGAUAUUAUUGCAACCUAUUCUACUCGUCUUAUAUGCCGAUUCUUUCGUCGUCUGUUUUUGACAAUACCGGCAAGAUAUACGACGUUAGCAAAAUUUUGACAGCGGAUUUUCUCUUCGAUAGAGAAGCGUAUUCGAAGUAUAGCCGGGUGUUUCUCCCGAUCACCUAUGUCCUCAGUUACGGCCUUCAAUUCGCUGGGUUAGCAUCGCUUCUGACGCAUACUACUUGCUGGCAUGGCAAGGAUAUAUACACUCAGUGGAAGCGUUCGUUGAAGGAAGCGGAGGAAGACGGCAGACCAACUUAUCAACCGCUCGAAAGUGAAAAUAACGGAGGAGCCCAUAACGGAUAUCAACCUAGCAUCGCAAGGUCGAGUUCGACUUUCGACAAUAUUUUGAGUCACGAAGAUGUUCACAACCGCCUUAUGAAGAAAUAUAAAGACGCGCCAAUCACAUGGUAUUUGUUGACUUGUGUCUCAAUGACGGUCAUAGGAAUCUUCGUCGUCGAAUACUAUCCCAUUCAUUUACCAUGGUAUGGGCUACUACUCGCUCUUGGGAUAUGCGCCGUGCUAUUCAUACCCAUCGGUAUCGUCAUGGCGGUGACAAAUCAGCAUAGUAGCAUCUAUCUUAUUUGUCAGCUCAUAUGCGGUGUAGUAUUUCCCGGAAGACCUGUUGCUAAUAUGGUCUUCGUGACUUACGGCUACAUCUCAUCCGCUCAAGGCAUCAAGUUCGCGGCAGAUUUGAAACUAGGACAUUAUAUGAAGAUUCCGCCAAGGCUCCUUUUCUCGGUGCAGAUGGUCGCAACUGUCGUCUCCUCAAUAACACAAAUUCUCGUGCUUAACUGGAUGUUCGUUAACGUGCCGGGAAUAUGUACUCCUCAAGCCAUCAACGGGUUCACCUGCCCGAUCGCUCGAGUUCACUUUAACGGUUCUAUACUGUGGGGCGUAGUCGGACCUGCAGAGUUCUUCGGACCCAACGCCACAUACCGCCCUCUGGUAUGGUGUUUCCUCAUCGGCGCCAUCGCCCCGAUACCGCUGUGGCUGUACGGCCGCAACAAGAAAUCCAGCAUCGUUCGGAAGAUCAACCUGCCCGUCCUAUUCGGGUCGCUGAGCUGGAUCCCGCCGGCGACCGGCCUCAACUUCUCCGUCUGGGCCGUGGUCUGCUACAUCUUCAAUUACCUGAUCAAAAACAGGGCCUCGGCCUGGUGGGCCAAGUACACGAUGACGCUCAGCGCGGCGCUGGACUCGGGACUUGCUUUCGGGAUCGUCAUCGUCUUCUUCGGAUUCAUAUACCCCGGCUGGAUGGACGGGUUCAGCUGGUGGGGGACGGAGGUGUAUAAACAGGGCUGCGACUGGCAGGCUUGCUCGUAUAAUACCGUGCCGAACGGGAGUCAUUUCGGCCCGGAUACGUGGUAGAAGUGAGGUGUCGAAGGACGUCUGCGUAUGUGAUUACGUAUUAUGCUCGAAUUGGAUUGAUGACGGUAUUGUUUUGACGGAUGGCCUGGCUGUUUUUGAUUUUGAGGCGCCCUUGGCAUAUGCAUAUACGGCUUCCGACUUACAGCCUAGAAUCUAGAUCCCGCUACGUACGAAUACACUAGUAGAUUAUUCAAUGACAAUGUUCUUUCAACGCUUUUGGCGAAGAUUUACGGUAUUGAGAGUGCUAGAGAGCUAGGACAGAAAAAUCGAUGAAUUAGAGACAGGGCUAAAAGAUAUUUUCCCAAGCAAAACACUGCAUAGAUAGAGGUAGAGCAUCGAUGAUCUAAAAAGUCAAUUAUGCCUAGACUAUCCGUCCUGCAUGAAACACGCCUCUGACACGCCUCUUGCGUCUACCCUAGAAGGCCAACGAUGAAGAGAAUCGCUACUUAUAUAAGCCAGCUCUAAUUACUAAGAUGCUCUGUAUAACCACCAACUUUGAUUAUCACACCACCAUAACAACU